CAGGACGAGGACGCAGGACCAUCGAGAGAUUGCGGCCGCCAUCGAGAACUCAGACUCAGACUCAGGAAAACCCGAAAACAUGACGAGCUCCGGCGCCGCUCUCACCGAUCCUCUGGUGGCCGGGACCGACAAUCCCACCGUCCAAGUGUCGCCGUGGGCAGCCUUCAUCAACGGCAUAACCAGCGGGGCCUCGAAUCUGGCCGGGCUGCUGCCCACGGGCACGUUUCUGGCCUUCACGACCGUCGCGCCCAUCGUCACCAACAAUGGCACCUGCGACCCGCCGCAGUACCUGUGGCUGACGGUCGGCACCACCGCCUUCUUCGCGGCCUACUGCUUCUUCUCGUGCUUCACCGACAGCUUCCAGGCGCCCGACGGGAAGGUGUACUUCGGCGUCGUCACGCUCGGCGGGCUCUGGACGCCUCAACUGCCCGCCGCCCUGCAGCCCGCGGACCAGGCCACCUACAAGCUCCGGUUCAGCGACUUCGUCUACGCGCUGCUCUCGCUGGCCGUCUUCGGCGCCUGCGCGCUCAUGACUCCCAAUGUCCGGUCCUGCCUCUUCCCCGACCUCAGCUCGCCCGUGGUCAUGACCGUGCCCAUCGUCGUCUCGUUCUUCGUCAGUCUGGUCUUCUCGGUCUUCCCGUCGUCGCGACACGGCAUCGGGUUCCCGGUCACUCCCGUCAGCGCCACCGCCACUGCCACCGGCUCCACCGGCUCCUCGGGCUCUUCGGGCUCCAAGGCGGACUAGAUCGAUCUCCACGGAGGGCAGUUCUGCGUGUGCGCGCAUCCUUCUCUUCGUUUCGACCUCGAGGUCCGUGUCCUGACGCAUGUACAUACCUUCCGCAACGAUUCGGUAGUGCGGUUCUGCACGUAGAAAGCACGAGAAGAAUGUCCAGGCAGGUUUCCCAGCAGUCCACGAGAUCGAGUCCACGAGCAUUUAUUGCAGAAAAUGAUUCGUCCGACGAAUGGACGAGUCUACAUCGCCUUUCUGCGUGGAUCUACAGAAGUUGUACAUAUGUGAAUGCUGCACAUUAGUCGACGAAUGUAAACUAUGUUGUCCGUAAUCCGGGCUCGGAAUCGCCUCGACGCUGGUGGUCUGGCCCGGGUUCAGAUCUGUCGUACGUAUUUGGCUCGUUGGUUAGAAUAUACAAGUUUGAAUUCAAUAAAGCAGGGAUUUUUCUCCACAUUAUCAU